AUGGCAGGCUACUGUCUUGUCUGUCCGGCCUCCCGAGGCAUUGGCUUCUCCCUUGCUCGCCAUCUCCUCCAACAUACCAAACUCCCUGUCGUGGCGACAGCAAGGAAGAACCUCGCCGAGACACGCGAGCGACUCAACCGGGGGAUUGAUUCUGAACGACUGUCUGUUGUUCAAGUUGACAUGAAGGAUGAAUCGUCUAUUUCCGCCCUGGCAACCCAUCUCCGAAAGCGCUUCCCAGAAGAGCAUCUCCGGCUCGCCUUCACCCUGCCGGGGAUACUGCAUGUGGAAAAAUCCCCGUCCCAGAUCGAUUCCGCCGCCGCCCUGGAGACGUUCACCGUCAAUACACUCGGUCCGUUGCUUCUUCUCAAGCAUUUAACACCCCUCUUGCCGACAAAGGGAGCAGAACCGUUCGCCCCUCACACCAUUCAGAAAGGGGUAGUUGCCCUGUCCUCUCCACACGCAGUGUAUAGCAUGAUGGCCGCCCGGGUGGGAUCCAUCUCCGACAACAGGCUGGGAGGAUGGUACUCCUAUCGAGCGAGCAAGGCGGCGGUCUUCCAGUUGGCCAAGACGUUGGAUCUGUAUCUCAAGACGAGGUCGGGCGAUCGCGCAAUGGCGGUGGCUCUGCAUCCGGGCACGGUCAGAACAGACUUCACCAGGGAGUAUUGGGGGGGAAGGGAGAUGCUGGAUGCUGAUGAGGCGGCCAGGCGGUUGGUUGAGGUUGUUGAUCGUUUGGGGGUUGGGGAUGGGGGGAAAUGUUGGGAUUGGAGGGGGGAAGAGGUUUUGCCUUGA